AUGGGGACACUGUCACAGUUCUGCUGGUGCCAGGACAUGCCCCUCACGGAGUCCAGGCCCCGCGUGGAUCAGUCGUACCAGGCAGCUUCCUCCUGUGACAAGGCUGCCUGUGUCCAGGGGGUGGACGAUAACCCCACGUGCAUGGGCCCAGGCACAGAGCGCACGGUGCCCGUGGAAGGAUAUGCCUGCUCCUGCCCCUUUACCACCAGGCCGAGUUCUCCAGCCCAGGGCGGUGGGCUGGAGUGGCUGCUCACACCAGGUAGCCGACUACUGUCAGAGCCAGUGAAGCGGAGAGCAUUGGGCAUCCCAGCACGCGGCAUGACCGCCUACGAUUCAGCCCAUGACACUGAAAAUAGCCUUACGGUAGACACCUACCUGAAAGAGACAGGCGCCAUCUCUAGCAUGACUGAGAUUCCAUCUAACAGGUCUCUGCCCUUCAGAGUGUAUUCUUGCUCCCCUGAGGAGAGGGAGGUCAUGGACCAUGCCUUCUCCCUCCGCAGUUAUGAGAGCGAGUACAAACUACCCCAAAAAGAGGACCUUCUUUAGAUGUAUGUCCACGCAGAGCCUGUGCUGCUGGGAAACCCUAUCGAGUUCACCAUCACUCUCAAAAGAAAGACAGACAGCUACCCCAAAGACUGUCACAUCUCGGGCUUCCUUGAACUGCAGACAUACAUGGGCAAAAAUGCCACCAGCCUGGGCAUCCUUCAUAAGACCACACAGAGGCAAGGUCAAGCAUCUGAAGAGACUCUGCCCUUGGACUCCAAUACCUACAUGGGCAGCCUGUUUGAUGAUGAACCAAUCAUCAAAAGUUUCAUAAUUGCAGGAAUUCUAGAGUCCAAGGAAAUGACCGCCUCUCAGGAGUUUGCAUCUUUCCAGUACCCUGAGCUCCCCGUAGAGCUGCCUGACGCAGGCAGAAUUGGCCAGCCACUUAUCGGCACAUACAUCUUCUAAAAUGCCCUGCACAUCCCUUUGACAGACACCAAGUCCUCUGUGGAAAGCCUGGGCGUCUCCCCGUUGCAGACCAUUGACCAAGGGACAGUGAAGCCAGGUGAGACCAUUAGAUUCCAAAUAAAAGGCAUCCCAACAAUAGCUGGACUUGAGAAAUUUAUCAAGUUUAGUUCCAAUCACGUGAAAGAGCUUCAUGCUGAGAAGACUGUUCUCAUCACAACUAGCCUUUGCCUGAUGCCUUGGAAAGAGUCCACCCCCAUCUCCGACCUGGUCCAACGUGGGGAGAGGGAGGAGGGGUCAGAGGACGGCAAGGCCAAGGGGGUGGUGUGA